AUGCGCCUUCUCGCCGUCCUCUCCACCGCCGUUCUCGCCGGUGCCAUCGUCCUCCCCAGCGUGCCGCUCGCGCCCAAGGGCCGGCGGCAGAGCCCCUUCGGUCUCCUCGAUCCGGGCUCGGGGCAGGACGACGAUGCUUUCUGGGGCAGCAACGCGCCAUCUGAGAAAUCCUUCGUCUCCGGCCUCGACGAAGCGACCGGCCGCGAGACGCUCAAGGCCGCCUUUGACAAGCUCGCGUCGACGCUCGCUCUCGACGGCAAAGAUGACCACCCCCGUCUGACCAUCUACGAGCUCAUCCAUCGCAGCGAGCACACGACAAAGUUUGCCAAGCUCGUCGACGACCACCCGAGCAUCGUCGAGCUGCUUAAGAGCACAAAGGCCAAUCACACCCUCUUUGUGCCGACCAACGAGGCCUUUGACCACGUGCCAGCGCACGACAAGCCCAGCAAGGAGUUUGUCGAGAGCAUCCUCAAGUACCACGUCGGCAUCGGCAUCUACCCGGCGCGCCGGAUCCUCAGCACCCACACGCUGCCGACGGCACUGGACGAGAAGCUGCUCGGUGGCGAGCCGCAGCGUCUCCGGACCAGCAUCGGCUUCCGCGGCGUCACCAUAAACUUUUACAGCAAGGUGGUCGUCGCCAACAUUGAAGCGACCAAUGGCAUCAUCCACGCCGUCGACCACAUUCUCGUCCCCCCGCCCUACGCCGGCCGCAUCAUCACCCUCCUGCCGGGCCAGUUCUCGACGCUUCUGCUGGCGUACGAGAAGACGGAGUUUGUCAAGUACAUCCACGGCGUCACCCUCGUCGGCAGCACCGUCUUCGCCCCCAGCAACGACGCCUUCAAGCGACUCGGCAUCCGGGCCAAUGCCUUCCUCUUCAACACGGAAAAGGGUGUCCGGUACCUCAAGGCGCUGCUCAAGUACCACAUCUCGCCAAACGCGACGCUCUACAGCGAUGCCUACUACGACAAGACAGGCGGCAAGGACGUCGGCGCUUCUGAGCGGGAACACUACGACCUCCCGACCCUCCUCUCUCGCGCGCGCGUCAGCGUCGACAUUUCCCGAUGGGCCGGCUUCUCCGCCAUGGUGGUCAACGGCUUCGUCGGUGUCUCGGUCCGCGAUGGGCUGGCCAAGAACGGCGUGAUCCAGAUGCUCGACAAGGUACUGAUCCCAGCCCACAAGCAUCGGCACGACGGCAAGUCUGCCGACGUGGACGAAAUUGACGUCGAGGAGCUGAUGGAGAGACUGGACCCCUACCUGGAGGAGCAUGCUCUGCCUGGCGAGCUUUGA